AGUCGUUGUGGGCGCGGCCUCGCGCUGUAGUUGUAGCACUAGCAAGACUGAACGACAGACGUAAACAGACAAGCACAGACUUUUAUCGCCGAAAUGGGGGCUUGUCUGGCCUUGUGCUCUUUAGCUAGCUGCGCCUCCUGUCUGUGUGGCUCGGCUCCAUGCCUUUUGUGCGGCUGCUGUCCCUCCUCCAAUAACUCCACCAUCACACGGCUGGUUUUCUCUUUCUUUCUCCUUCUGGGAACCUUUGUGUCUGUCAUCAUGAUCCUUCCUGGAAUGGAAACACAGCUCCGCAAAAUUCCAGGAUUUUGCAAGGGAGGAUCCUCCGUCAUGCCUGGUGUUGAAAACCAGGUUAACUGUGAUGUGAUUGUGGGCUACAAAUCUGUGUAUCGGAUGUGUUUCGCCAUGACCUGCUUUUUCUUUCUCUUUUCUGUUCUAAUGAUUGGUGUUCGUAGCAGCAAAGACCCGCGUGCAGCCGUUCAGAAUGGAUUCUGGUUCUUUAAAUUUCUCAUCCUGGUUGGGAUUACAGUGGGAGCUUUUUUCAUCCCUGAUGGAACAUUUCACUCUGUGUGGUUUUACUUUGGAGCUGUUGGGUCCUUCAUCUUUAUUCUGAUUCAGCUCAUCCUCCUCAUUGACUUUGCUCACUCCUGGAACAAGAUCUGGGUGGAAAAUGCAGAAGAAACUGACAACAAAUGCUGGUUUGCAGGGCUGCUGUCUUUCACUGUGCUCCACUAUGCUCUGGCUUUGGCCGCUGUGGUGCUCUUCUACAUUUACUACACUCAGCCUGAUGACUGCACGGAGCACAAGGUCUUCAUCAGCCUCAACCUCAUCUUCUGCAUCAUCAUCUCUGUUGUCUCCAUUUUACCCAAGAUUCAGGAAGUUCAGCCACACUCAGGUCUACUCCAGGCUUCACUCAUCUCCCUCUACACCAUGUAUGUGACCUGGUCUGCAAUGACCAACAAUCCAAAUCGCAGGUGUAAUCCCAGCUUGCUGAGCCUGGUCUCAAACGUCAGCACCAGCGCUCAGCCGGGUCAGGAAGGCCCGGGUCAGGUGCAGUGGUGGGAUGCUCAGGGCAUUGUGGGUUUGGUCAUCUUCCUCUUCUGCACUCUCUAUGCCAGCAUCCGUUCCUCCAGCAACACCCAGGUGAACAAGCUGAUGCAGACGGAGGAAGGCUCUGGGGCGGCUGUGGAAGAGAACGUGGGAGAAGACGGCGUCCGGAGAUCCUUCGACAACGAGGAGGAGGGAGUCACUUACAGCUACUCCUUCUUCCACUUCCAUCUGUCUCUGGCCUCCUUGUACAUCAUGAUGACUCUCACCAACUGGUACCAACCAGACACAACCACCCAGGUGAUGCAGAGCAGCAUGCCGGCUGUGUGGGUCAAGAUGAGCUCCAGCUGGCUGGGUCUUGGCCUCUACCUCUGGACUCUCAUCGCUCCUCUCAUCUUCCCAGACCGGGAUUUUAGCUGAGCUCGCAAGUUUUCCCUCUGACUCUUCAAUCAUGUCGUAGUAUUCUCCUUGUUUGUUUGACUACCUGAAGAUAAUGCAAAGGGAUUUAGAGAAGGAUUUAUCUCAAAUAUUUACCUGUUUCUUUUAUUAUUUGUAGUAAUUUAAUCAAAAUCAAUGAGUUUUCUUAAGGGAAUUUAAAUCAAAAUGCUGAUUUUGUUUUUUUAAUAGUUUCUCACAUCAUCUAUGCUUAUGUUACAGACUCUGAAUCUGUUUAAAGUUACAGGACGAAGCAACAAAGCAGAUUUUUUAUACCUCAGAUGUUACAUUUCCAGAUUCCCCCUCUAAGGGUCUUCAUGAUCAGAUCAGUGACGUUCUCCUGACCCCGGGGGGGAUAUGGAGGGGAGCCCCGAUCAGGAGCCCCACGGUGAGCUGACUGUGGGAGCCAGAUAAGACUAACGGGGCACGCCCUGCAGAGCAUGACGGGGCUUCCCUGGUGCUGCGAGGACAUAUGCAUAAUCAAGUCCGCGCACCUCCAGCCUGACGGUCCUAACAGACGGACGGUCUCAUCUCUGCUCUUCCUUGUCCGUUUCAAUUCGAGACAUUUCAUAUCCAGUGCUGCGUUUUUCUAGAUCCGGCUGUGUUUUGGAUCAGCUCCAGCUCAGUUCAGUUGAUGCAAAGAAGGGAUUUCUGAAUGAAGACUAAAACGAGGAUGAUGCUGAAGCAUCCAUUUUUUCAUAGGAAUGUAAAAGUUGUGAUGGUACCUUUUAUUAUUGUUAUUACCUCAAAAAAGGAAGUUUUGUUUAACCCUGAAACACUUUAUUUAUUAUUUGUUCCAGCAAACAUCUCUAGAAAUCCUGUUGCUAUGGUUACAUGUGAAUGGAGGUUUUUUUAAACGUCUUGUCUUACACAUUUGUGGUAAUAUUUCUGCUGAAUGGACCGUGUUGAUCACAUGUCAUUGGAAUAAUAAGUGCCUUGUUGUGGCCCUGCAUUUCAGAAAGAUGAUUUCACAAAUGCUGGCGUGUUUACAUGCUUUUCCUCACGUUGUCUGCUGUUUGCAUGCCAAGAGGCGCUUUGAAAAGAAAGAAUUAAUAUUGCAAUUAAUCAAUAAACACUUUUAAUAAAAGCA